AUGCAGAGAUUGAAGGUGUACAAAACUGAUUUCUCGUGGACUAAAGAAAGCGCAGUUCUAAAGGUUCCGGGUUCGACCCGGUAUCACAAAAAUGAUGAUUCAAAGUCAUCAAGUAAUGGCAAAGGCAACGUUACUGGAAACAUAAAUCAAAGGAUUCUAUUUGGUGGGGAAGGUUCCGAAAGGGAAUUUUUGGGUCAGGUCGAUGACAACACUCCUAUCCCUUCAGUCCCUGAUUGUGGAACUGUUGUUUCUGUUCAGAAGCACAAAGAAGAAAUCUUGAAAGAGCAUGCUGAAUGGCUGGAAUCUUCAAGCAUGAGAAUUCAAGGAUCAAAAGAAUUAAAUUUUUUCACCGAAUAUGGUGAACUGAGUAGGUACAAGGUAAAGGAAAUCAUUGGUGAAGGAAACUCUAGUAUUGUCUGCUCUGCAUAUGAUACUCAUACCGGGGAGAUGGUAGCGAUAAAAAAAAUAAAUAAUAUAUUCAAAAAUCUUUCUGUUGCUAUCAGUGUCACUCGUGAGAUUAAGCUACUUAGGCGCCUUUAUCAUCCAGACAUUGUCAAAAUUAAAAACAUCCUGUUGCCUCCAUCCAGAAAAGAAUUUAAUGAUAUAUACGUGGUGUUUGAGCAUAUGGAUUGUGACCUACACCAAAUCAUUAAAGCAAACGACGACUUAACACCAGAACAUCAUCAAUUCUUUCUUUAUCAAAUUCUUCGAGGACUGAAAUAUAUACACACAGCGAAUGUCUUUCACAGAGAUCUAAGACCCAAAAAUAUUUUAGCUACUUCUGAAUGCAAACUCAAGAUCUGCGACUUUGCAAGAUGGUAUAGGGCUCCUGAACUGUGUGGAUCUUUUUUUAGUAAGUAUACACCAGCAAUAGAUAUAUGGAGUGUUGGUUGCAUGUUUGCAGAAAUUUUAACAGGGAAGCCGCUUUUCCCUGGGAAAAAUGUUGUGCAUCAGUUGGAUUUAAUGACUGAUCUUCUAGGAACCCCAUCACCUGAAACUAUCUCCACGAUAAGAAAUGAGAAAGCAAGGAAAUACUUAAACGGUAUGAGGAAGAAAGCUCCUUUUUCUCUCGUUGAAAAGUUCCCGAAUACAGACCCCCUCGCUCUUGGUUUAUUACAAAGAUUGAUUGCAUUUGAUCCAAGGGAUAGACCUACUGUUGAGGAGGCUCUUUCUGAUCCAUAUUUUAAGAAUUUGGCUGACGUUGAAAGGGAGCCUUCUGCUCAGCCCAUUACAAAGUUGGAAUUUGAGUUUGAAACAAGAGAAAUUACGAAAGAAGAGUUACGUGAAGUGAUCUAUAGGGAGAUUCUGGAAUACCAUCCAGUAGGAUUUUAUCUCACUAUUAAAUCAUGAGAAUUAGCAAUGCAUUAGCUUAAUCUUUUGAUGUAUGGAAAUACUGAUUUUUGGUUAAGGGAUGCAUCACAUCUGUGAAAUGCAAUAGGAAAAAUGGCUAAGGCAGUGACAAGAAGCUUCUCCACUAUAUGACACCAAAGGCCAGGUGAGCUCUGAUGAAGAUGUUUUUAGAUUCUAGACUUGAACAUGUUUUUGUAUUUUGUAUCUUUUGUUUGUUAAAUAAACUCUGCUGUCAAAUGUCAAUCACAUGUGAUGUUUAAUGCUAGUGUACGUAUAAUUCCAUAACGAAGG